GGCGAUCAGCGGGUCACAGAGCUGGACGAUGGCGUCCAAGCGCAAGGCGGCCGCCGAGCAUACGGAGGCGCAGCAGCCAGGCGCCGGCCGGAGCAUGCGGCAGCGCAAGAAUCAGGGCCCGUACGUGGACGACGACCCCAGCCUGCUCGCGUCGCUCGCGUAUCUCGAGGCGGAGCACACUGCCCGCCCGUACCGCGUCGACCAAGAGGCGGCCACGAUGGCGGGCUUGCAGCCGCACAAGCUGCACCCGUUCGAGCGUGCGUGCACCGCGCUCCCCGCCAAGCUCAAGCAAAACGCCGCCCGGCUCACCACAAUCCGCAACCACAUCCUCGGUCGGGCUCAAAAGACACCAUCCAAGUUCCUCACGCUUGCGGACGCGAUCCGCGGGCUGGGGAGCGAGUUUCGCGGCUCGGGGGCGCACGCCGCGGAUGCCGCCUCCGUCUACACCUGCCUCAAUCACCACAACUACAUCAACGUCGGAGUGAUGGACGACCACCCGCAGCGGCUGCUCGGCCGCGCCGGCGGGGGGUGCGCUGCGGGCUUUCCUGAGGGCACGCGGCUGAGGGUAGUGGUCAUCGGCGCCGGCGCGUCGGGGCUCGCGGCAGCGAGGCAGCUCGCCCUGCACGGGCACGAGGUGAUCGUCCUUGAGGGGCGAGAGCGGAUCGGCGGGCGGGUGCACACGGCGAGCGUGCGGGGCGCGAGCGUCGACCUCGGCGCCAUGGUCGUGACGGGCGUGCCCGGCAACCCGAUGGCGGCGCUCGCGCGGCAGACAAAGUCUCGCAUGCACCUCAUCUCGAGAGGAUGCCGCAUCUACGCCGCCGACGGGCAGCCCGUGGACGACGAGCUCGACACGGCGAUGGAGCAGGAGUGGAACGGCCUGCUGGAUGAGUGCAAGGCGACUUGCCGCCCCGAGCCGGCGCCCGACGCAUCGCUCGGCGCGACCCUGCGCAGGAUGGUGCGCGAGCGGCGCGAGAAGUGGCGCGGCCUAGCGCAGCGGAUCUCGGCGGCGCGCGCCGAGAGCGGCGUCGCGCGCGCGCGGGACGAGGCGGGAGCGUGCGCCGUCUCUCCACACCGGUGUGAGGAGUGCAAGCAGUGCUUCCUCACGGUGGACAAGCUCGACCGCCACCGGCUCUGCUGCUUGCCCGACCCGUCCGGCGUGGUCGUGCGCUCGGAGAAGGCCUUCUCGGGCUACGAGGGCGUCGUCUCGUCUCAGAUCCGAGACAAGUGGGAGGCGUUCCUCGUCUCGGACCACGGGUACGGCCGCAAGCGGCGCCGCAUCGGCGAGACGUACGAGACGGCCGAGGCGGCGGCGCGCGCCUACGCCACCGCGUGCCGGGAGAUGCUGCACGCCGAGGCGGCGGCGCAGGCGGAGGCGGCGGCGCAGGCGGAGGCGGCGGCGCAGGCGGAGGCGGCGGCGCAGGCGGAGGCGGCGGCGCAGGGCGAGCCAGAGGUCGAGGUGGCUAGCCAGGUAGGCCACAGCCAAGGAGACUUACCGCCGCCGGAGCCGCCGCCGCCGGAGCCGGAGGGAGAAGUUGUGCGGCCGAAGUCUGAGCCGGCGGCGCCGUCAGCGCCGGAGGAGGCGCCGGCGCCGACAAUGCCGGAGGAGGCGCCGGCGCCAACGGCGACAGAGGAGGCGUCGUUUCUGUCGGCGCCGCCAUCGCCGCCGGCCGACGACGAGGUUGGCGC